AUGCCUACCCGAUCAGAACAAGUCGAAUCCGCCAAAACCAAAGCCUCGGAAGAGGCCGAAAACCUCCAACAAUCCAUGCCAGGCACCAGCGACCAUCCUAGCAAGAUCGCCGGCCAGUACCAUUCCCUCAAGGGCUCUCUGACCGAGUCGAUUGGCAAUAUGACCGGUUCCAAGGAGUGGAAGAAAUCUGGUCGCGAGGAAUACGAGCGCGGACAGAAGGAGUAUGAAUCUGCUGGAACUUGGUUUCCUUCCGAGUGA